CGGGAUGCUGCGGAGUCGCUUCGUGCGGUGUCACCAGGGGCAUCUCAGGAGGCCCAGGUUGAACGAGUGCACGUGGGCCAUGGCCAAGCCGGCUCCGUUACCUCUGACUUUUGAGGAUGUUGCCAUUUAUUUCUCAGAGCAAGAAUGGCAGAAUCUAGAGGCAUGGCAGAAGGAACUUUACAAGCACGUCAUGAGAACCAAUUAUGAGACACUUGUCUCUCUAGAUGAUGGACUUCCUAAACCAGAACUAAUAUCCUGGAUUGAACAUGGAAGAGAGCCCUUCAGGAGCUGGAGAGAAGCACAGAAACUAGGAAAAGUGACUCAUGCCUCUGCUGAUGUGUAUUUUGACCCAGUUAUUGAUCGACAGCUGUUGGAGAGAAGCCAGAAAGCUGUGGAAUCAGGAGAAACUAAAUGUUAUUUCCAGUUAUAUCCUCUUCAGAGCCAGUAUUCCUUUGGGCCCGAUAUAAGAGAAAGGGAAGACAUUUCCUUCAGGCCUGACCAAGGCAUCAGCCUCACAAACCCACGGAGACAUGACACACAGGCUUUAACUGCAGUGCUGCACAGCUCUAGUGAGUCUGACCAAGAAAAAGAAAUCUCAUGUGACAGAAUUCUGGGUCUCCCUGGCUUGCAUGAAGUCCCCUCCUGGCAGAGUACUCAACAUCCUUGCCCUGUCUGUGGAGAGAGCUUUUGGAAGAAGAAUGAUUUAGCAAAGCACCAAAAGAACCACUCAAAGGACCCACCGUGUAGGGCUCGGAAGGUCAACAAACAAGCUGAUACACAACAGCAGUGGACCAUUGUGGGGACACAGAGGCCCUUUCCAUGUUCUGAUUGUGGGAAGCGCUUCUGCCGGAAGCAGUAUUUGCUGAGACACCUGGCCAACCGUAUAAAGAAGAGCCCAUUCUGGAGCUGUAAAUGCAAAAUGUGCUUCCAUCAUGAGCAGACUCUUAGCUACCACCUCUUGCACAAGGGAGAGAAGCCUACACAGUUCCCCAAAUGUGACAAAAGCUUCUUCUCAAUGGGCAGUGCAAAGGCUCACCACUGCCACUAUGGCGUGGUGGGGCCAGCCUCCCAAAGAGAAGGCACCUGUGUAUGCUCAGGACAAAAGCCAGGCCUGGGCCUGAACUCUGAGGAGUGCUGCCACAAGGACAGCGUCUCCCAGGCACUGUGGAGCGGCCACAGCCACGGUGGGGAAAAGCCCUGCUCAUGCACAGAAGGUGGCAGCUGCUGCCAUUCAAGGUCCAAGCUGGCCAACCUCUGCCUGACGCACACAGGAGAAAAGCCCUUCCCGUUCAGCCACCUGCAGCAAGUCCAAGAGCGUGUCUACAGUGGGGAGAUACCAUUCUCCUGCAGGAAGUGUGGCCAGGCCUUUCCCAAACUGUGUAAACUCACAGAGCAUGUCCAAGUGCACGGCGGGGAGAAGCCGUUCUGGUGUGCCAAGUGUGGCAGGAACUUCCGCCUAAGGCGACAGUUGCUGAAGCACCAGCGACUGAUGCACACAGACAAGAAGCCUUUUCAGUGCUCGGAGUGCGAGUUGCGCUUCCGCCUGAAAAGCAUGUUGCGAGCCCACCAGCUCCAGCACCGCGGAGAGAGGCCAUUCUCCUGCAAGGAGUGUGGCCGGGGCUUCACCCACCAGUGGAAGCUCCGCGAUCACCUGCGAGUGCACAGUGGGGAGAGGCCCUUCCAGUGCUCUGAGUGCCACAAGAGCUUCCGUGUGAAGGGCAUCUUGAAGGCUCAUCAGCACACCCACAGCACGGAGAAGCCCUUCUCAUGCGGGGAGUGUGGCAAGGGCUUCACCACACGGUCCAAGCUCAAGGAGCACUUCCGCGUGCACAGUGGUGAGAGGCCCUUCCAGUGCCCCGAAUGCGAUCAGAGCUUCCGCCUGAAGAGGCAGCUGCUUAGCCACCAGGUCCUGCACACAGGGGAGAGGCCCUUCCCGUGCCCCGAGUGUAGCAAGAGCUAUCGCACGAAAGCGGACUUGAAAGCUCACCAGCUGCUGCACAGCGGGGAGAUGCCGUUUUCCUGUGAGUGCGGUAAGGGCUUCACCAAACAGUCUAAGCUGCUGGAACACAUCAGGACGCACACGGGAGAGAAACCUUUUCAGUGUCCAAAAUGUGACAAGAGUUUCCGCUUGAAAGCACAGCUGCUCAGCCACCAAGGCCUGCACACAGGGGAAAGACCUUUCCAAUGCCCAGAAUGUGAUAAAAACUUUCGGGAAAAGGGCCAGAUGCUCAGGCACCAGCGCAUCCACAAGCCAGACAGGCUCUUUGCCUGUGGGGACUGUGGGAAGGGCUUCAUUUAUAAGUCUAGACUGGCUCAGCACAUAAGAGUGCACACAAAGCCCUGUCCUGCUCCAAGUAAGCCUGACACCAAGAAACGGCUCAGCCAACUGUUGGCAAUGAUAGAAGCUGACUGGAGUUAAGGCAGGUGGCAUAACAAAUCGGCAGCCAACUGUUGCUCAGGAAACCUCAGCAACCGCAGCCAAACCCACCUCAAGGCAUUUUAGGAAAAAGGGUCCUACUUUGACCAAGAAUGUAAUGCAGAUCAGGAGUAUGGGAAAACAUAAAGCAUUUUCUCUUUUUUUUAAUUUUUUUCCUUACUGGGGUUUGAACUCAGGGCCUACACCUUGAGCCACUCCACCAGCCCUUUUUUUGUGAUAGGAUUUUUCCAGGUAGAGUCUCACAAACUCUGCCCAGUGUGACUUGGAACUUCGAUCUUUCUGAUCUCUGCCUCCUGAGUAGCUAUGAUUACAGGUGUGAGCCACUGGCACCUGACUGUAUUUUCUUAUUGCUUCUGAAACAUCACCAAUUAAUUAUAUUUUCUAUGCAUUGAUAAAAAGAGACACUUGAUCUGCCUACCAUCUUAGGUGGUAAUUUCUACCCAAAUGCAAAGUUAGCUCUUAAACCCCAGCCUGAGUUAAGACAGAUGGAAAUCCUUCCAGUACCAUUCUCAAGGCUGAAAGGACGGGAAUGGCUCAUAAAAGUCAAUUCUACUUUUCUUUUCUCUCUUCAGCGUAUGAUCCUAACUUAAGUGGGCUAAGUCCACUGAAUUUUGUUGCUGGUCUGAUGGUCUUGGAUUUGAUUUUGGUUCAUUUAUUUUGAAGCAAUAAGAUGAAUUCCCUGAAUCUUUGUUCCUGUGAAUGCUGAAGUUUCUUGGCAGGUUCCUUGGUGAUUAUGCAAGGAAAUACUAAUCUGAGUUGAGGAAACAAAUUGAAAUUGCUGAGAGGUAUGGAAGGGAUCACAGAUUGAGAGGUUGAGUUAGGGGAUAAGACAUGCUACUUGAAGCUGAAAAGAGUGAAGACAUUCCCAAGAGUGAAUAUUUGAGCAGAACUAAAGGCUGAGUUAUGACAAAAUAGCAAUGCUAAACAGCUUAAUAAGGACACAUACUAGGUAAUAACAGUUUAGAGUAGGGAGUUUCAAAGCAAAUGUUCACAGUAAUACAAGUAAGUCCAAGAAAAAGGUGAGGCCUGCCCAGUUUGUUACAUUUGCUCAUACGAAGGUUAUAUGAACACCAAGAGUGCAUACCCUAGGGACAAAGUCACAUUCCACACAAAGAACUCCAAU